AGAGCCGCAGUAAAUAGUUGGAGGUUGAUUGACAGGGCUCUUUAUCUCUCCCCUGCGGUCUCUGCAGCUCGACUUCUGUUUCUCAUUUAGGACAGAAAGUGUGGAGCGCUGCAGAGCCUCGGAGGAGCCUCCAGACACUCUGAACCCCGGGCCGUUCAGGUCACAGACACCCAGCGGGGUUACGCGAUGUUAUGAGGCUCUUGGAAGCUGUGCGCGUCUUUGGGAAACGGGAAUGUAACUGGAUUAUAUUCUAAUCGGGUUAUUAAACAGUAUCUGCUGCACUUGGUUCAAGAGGAUGGAGCUGAGGAACAUUGUGCCAAAUCUGCUUGUCCUGUGUGUUGCGUUUGGACACUUCUCCAAAUCGUCGGAAUUUAAAGUGAUUAAUGUCCUGGAGCUCCAUGAUGCACGUCAGACAGCUGCAGCUAUAGAGGAUCUGUCUGGAGCUCUGCAGACGGUCGGAGAUCUGUACCUCACCUCCUCCUUCAUGCUGCCACCCAAACUCGGCGGCGUUUUGUUCGGCCUCUACCAUAAAGAGGACAACAAGAAAUACCUGGAGAUUGCUGCUGUAGGCAAGAUCAACAAAUUACUGGUGCGAUACUUGCGCUCUGAUGGAAAAGCUCAUGCUGUCAAUUUACAAAACCCUGUCCUCGCUGAGGGACGCAGCCAAUCACUUAUCCUCAGAAUGAGUGGACUGAGACGCAGUCACAUCAGCCUAGAGCUUUAUGUGAACUGCCGUCUGGUGGACUCUGCUCAGGGCCUCCCUUCACUUGCAGGGCUUCCGUCAAAGACCGAAUCUGUGGAUGUUCGCACCGGACAGAAGUCUUACGCCAGGAUGCAGGGUUCAGUAGAGUCUGUUAAACUAGCUCUCGGAGGUUCUCUGGCUACAGCUGGUCUUCUCAUUGACUGUCCAUUUCAAGGAGAUUCAGCUGUAAAUAAUGCAGUAGGCAGUGACAUUAAUGCCAUCCUCGGUGAUCACACCAAAGCUCUGAUCGGACAGCUGAUCAUCUUUAACCAGAUCAUGGGAGAGCUGAGAGAGGACAUCAGAGAACAGACAAAAGAGAUGUCUCUCAUCAGAAACACCAUUCUUGAAUGUCAAGUGUGUGGUAAGGGAUUGGAGCUGGCAGACCAUGUUUUGAUAAACCUGUCUGAAUGUUGUUGUGAUAUAUCUCUCUCUCUGUGUUUAUCAGGAUUCCACGAGCCUCAGUCUCGAUGUCAUCCGAACCCCUGCUAUAACGCUGUGAGCUGCAUGGAGAGCUCGAUGUACCCAGGAUAUCAGUGUGGUCCCUGUCCGGAGGGCAUGACUGGAAACGGAACGCACUGCCAGGACAUUGAUGAGUGUACUGCUCAGCCCUGUUUCUCUGCAGAGUUGUGUGUGAACACAGCUAAAGGCUUCACCUGUGAGUCCUGUCCCGUAGGAUUCACCGGUCCAACACUCAAGGGGGUUGGUUUCGACUUUGCCAAGAGCCACAAGCAGGAAUGUGUCGAUAUUGAUGAGUGCGCUGAGCACUCUGGUGCCUGUGUGCCCAACUCAGUCUGUAUAAAUACAGCGGGAUCGUUCAAGUGUGGCCAGUGUAAAGCUGGAUUUGUGGGUAAUCAGACUGCAGGCUGUUUUGCAAGGAGGACAUGUGAAACUCUGGGCUAUAACCCGUGUGAUGUGAAUGCACACUGUGUAAUGGGCCGCAACAGUGACAUUUUCUGUGUGUGUAACGUUGGGUGGGCAGGUAAUGGAAACAUCUGUGGUCCGGACUCGGACAUUGAUGGUUACCCUGAUGGGCCUCUUCCAUGCAUUGACAACGACAAACACUGCAGAGCGGACAACUGUGCAAAUACCCCAAACUCUGGGCAAGAGGACACAGAUAGAGAUGGGAUUGGUGAUCAAUGUGACGAGGAUGCAGAUGGAGAUGGAAUUAAAAAUGUUCAGGACAACUGUCGCCUGGUGCCCAAUAAGGACCAGCAGAACUCUGACACAGACUCCUACGGUGAUGCUUGUGAUAACUGCCCCAACGUUCCCAAUGGAGAUCAGCUUGAUACUGAUGGCAAUGGCAAGGGAGACAUCUGUGACAAUGAUAUUGAUGGAGAUGGCAUCCCAAAUGUGUUGGAUAACUGUCCUAAGAUACCCAACCCCAUGCAGACAGACCGAGAUGCAGAUGGUGUGGGAGAUGCAUGUGACAGCUGUCCUGAGGUCAACGAUCCAUUGCAGUCAGAUAUGGACAAUGAUUUGGUGGGAGAUGUAUGUGAUACAAACAAGGACAUGGAUGGUGAUGGAUAUCAGGACACACGGGAUAAUUGCCCUGAAAUAGCCAACAGUUCUCAGCUGGACUCAGAUAAUGAUGGCAUUGGGGACGAGUGUGAUGAUGAUGAUGACAAUGAUGGGAUUCCAGAUAUCCUUCCUCCUGGCCCAGAUAACUGCAGACUUGUUCCCAACCCCAGUCAAAAAGAUACUGAUGCUAAUGGGGUUGGUGACAUGUGUGAGACAGACUUUGACAAUGAUAAGGUGACUGACUUGUUGGAUGCAUGCCCUGAAAGUGCAGAGGUCACUAUGACAGAUUUCAGGGCAUUUCAGACAGUCAUUCUCGACCCGGAAGGAGAUGCUCAGAUCGACCCCAGCUGGGUGGUACUGAAUAAGGGAAUGGAGAUUGUGCAGACCAUGAACAGUGACCCUGGUUUGGCUGUGGGCUACACAGCAUUUAAUGGUGUUGAUUUUGAGGGAACAAUCCAUGUGAACACAGCAACUGAUGAUGACUACGUGGGGUUCAUCUUUGGCUAUCAGGACUCUUCCAGCUUCUAUGUGGUGAUGUGGAAACAGACAGAACAGACGUACUGGCAGAAUUUACCAUUCAAAGCCUCAGCUCAGCCUGGACUGCAGCUUAAGGCAGUGAAGUCUCGGACAGGUCCUGGUGAGUAUCUGCGUAAUGCCCUGUGGCACACAGGAGACACACCGGGGGAAGUUACUUUGCUCUGGAAGGACCCGAGGAAUGUGGGUUGGAAGGACAGAACGUCCUAUCGCUGGCACCUCACUCACCGCCCACAGGUGGGCUACAUACGAUUAAGAUUGUAUGAAGGUACAGCCCUAGUGGCAGAUUCAGGAGUCCUGAUAGACACAACUAUGAGAGGAGGGCGGCUGGGCGUCUUCUGCUUCUCUCAGGAGAACGUCAUAUGGUCUAAUCUCGGCUAUAGAUGCAAUGAUUCUAUUCCAGAUGACUUCAUGCUGUACCAGAAGCAGAUGAAUGUGAGGACAUAAGCGUCCCCUCAUCUCAAGAAGCUUUGUGUUUAUGUAUAUGUGUGUUCAGAGAGCUAGGAUGAGAUAACGAUUCAUAAUUUUUGUUAUCUUUUGAAAUUCUGAAGAGUAUUUGCAAAUAUGUUAAUAAAAAAGUGUCCAUAGACAUUUGACCAUGUAAAAUGUG